UUUACUUGUGCGUAAAAAAAAACAUGGAGAGGUCCGUCAGAUUCGCCGUGGUGUGCGUCGGAGUGUCUCUGCUCAUCUCUUGCCACCCAGUCGAAGCCUGGUACAAGCAGACGGCCGGGCCCAGUUACUACUCGGUGGGUCGCGCCUCCGGUUUGCUGUCCGGCAUCAGGAGGUCGCCGUAUGUCCGGAGGUCCGAGACUGGAGAGACGCUGAUGGACAGCGGGGAGACGACAGGUAACAACGUGAUCUCAGAGACCAACAGGCAGAUCUCUCUCCUCAAAAGCAUGGCCAUCUGCGUGAAGGACAUCUCUCCAAACCUGAAGAGCUGUGAGCUUCUGCGGGACGGGACAGGCACCUUCCAGUGCAAGGCGGAUGUCUUCCUCACCCUGGACUCCCUGGACUGCCUGUCCGCGUGAGUCCGGAAGCUGACCAAGCGGAGAAAGUCCUCAUCCUCCACCGAUCCCCGGGAGCCGAUUCUGUGGAAAACGAUACAGUGCGAUGAAGGAGCGGAAGGAUGGAUGGAUGAGGAGGUUUGGGCUGAUGGCGCAGAGGAAAACCCGAUAACUGUCGUUAAUGGACUGCUGCAGACUCAUUUAAAAACAAACGUCGUUUAAUUUUGUUUUUUUCCGCUUUGGUUUCUUUGACACCAAAACAUGUAAAAGAAAAAGAUAUAGAAAAAGAAAAAAAAAACUGUUGGACAGAAGUGAGGUGAAACAGUUCUCUCUCCAAUUGUAUUCCUAUCUAAACCCCUGAUGUGUAUCCACUGCUGUCCAGAAAAUUGACUUGUCUGUAGAGAUGAUUUCCUGGAAAUUACUUUAAUUUAUUUUAUUUAUUAAAAUUAACAAACACUGAUAA